AUCAGAAGGUUGCGUGUUCAAAUCACGUCGGGGUCAAUGAUGUUCUCAACGGCGCUGUCUUCGAUGAGGAUCACGAUGAAAUGGUUGUCGUUAAGGACAUUGAAAUGUUCUCUAUGUGCGAACAUCAUAUGGUACCAUUCUAUGGAAAAGUUUCCAUCGGCUAUUUGCCAUGCAAUAAGAUAUUGGGACUCAGCAAGUUGGCAAGAAUUGUGGAGAUCUUUUCACGCCGUCUGCAAGUGCAGGAGCGCUUGACUAAGCAAAUUGCUGUCGCCGUCACACAGGCUGUACAACCGGCUGGUGUUGCUGUCAUUAUAGAAGGAGUUCACAUGUGCAUGGUUAUGCGUGGUGUGCAGAAAAUCAACAGCAAAACUGUUACCUCAACCAUGUUGGGUGUCUUUCGUGACGAUCCCAAGACUAGGGAGGAGUUCUUGAAUCUUGUGACCAGCAAAUAAGUGCAAAUACGAAUAGCUGGACAACUAAACGGAAGAUGCUACAUGCUUAUUGAAUACAUUCCAAUGAAUCGAUUUACAUACAAAAAGGCGGAAAUUUUUAUAACGAAUGCUGCUAUUAUAAAAUAAUUUAAAGAAAAGUAUAUACAUAUGUACCUUAAUUUAAGUUGAAUAUUGCAUAUAUAUAAUAAAUCUAUCGUUUAUAAAAGAACAUGUAACUAAAAUUAAAAAAAAA